AUGGCAGCCGCCGUCACCGCCAACCCCGUCGUGAAGAACGAGUCGAAGUCUGCGAAGAAGAAGAAGGCGGCCAAGGCGGCUGCUGGUGAGGAGGUAGCGGCUCCAGCCGCAGCUGAGGUUGCGCCUCCCAAUGGGGCGACCGAGAGCGCGAAUGGUGAUGGUUCUUACGAAAGCCCGUACAUUAAGGAGCUCUAUAAAAGCAUCCGUGGUGUCAACAAAAAGAUUACCAAUGCCUCAAAAGUCGACAGCAUCGUAGCUGAGAACCCCGACAAGUCUCUCGACGAGCUGGUAGCUUCGCGCAAGAUCAACGCCGACCAGAAGGCCCAACUUCUGAAGAAGCCCGCCCUCCAGGCAUCCCUCACCCAACUGGAAGAUCAAAUCGCACAGUACAAGAAGUUCGACCAGGAGUACAAGUCAAAGUUGCAGUCUGAGAAGGCCGACUUGGAGAAGACCUUCGCAGAGCGCCACAGCAAGGAGUUGGAGGAGGCUGUCAGCUCUGCCAAGUCCGAGGCCGCAGCAUCUGCAAUCCAGGAGCAGCAGGACAACCUUCUUCUGCUCUCGCAGUUCCUGAAAUUGGCUGCAAUCCGCAGAGGCGAGGAUGAGCUGGCCGAGCAAGAGGAGAGCAAGGCUUUGGAGGGUCUAUUGGCCCAGGUUUAUGCGGGCGACGCCAGCGCAGUGGCUGCCAUGCUGAGUCUCAUUCAAGGCUCUUCGGAGACUAUCAUGUCUGUCAACCAAGAGGCCCUCUCUGUUACCUACGCCGAUCUCAAGGCUGCUUCCCUCGCUCAGAUGCCUGUCGCCCUCCCAGAGGAGAGUGAAGCCGUUGAGACUGCCAAAUACCCGGUAGAAAGCGACCCAACUAUUCUCAAUGCAGGUCUUACCGAGCUCGACGCCCCUGCUGCUACCCAAUUGACCAACGGUCAUGCUGAGGCCGCCUACGACCAAGGUGUUCCCCAAAACUCUACCUUUGGUGAUGGAGCUGCCAACGCUGCUGCAGAGGCCAAUUGGGAUAACAGCAACGAUCUCUCAAUGUCAACCAGUCAGGAGUGGGUUGAGGUUCCUCGUAAUGCUGCCGAGACCGAUACUGGUAUUACUGCCACACCCGCUGCUCCUUCGAACGUCCAGAGCUGGGCUGACGACCACCCUGAGAGUCCGCCUGAGGUGAGCACUUCUUCCUCACUCACACGUGAACUUCAUUUAACAUCUCCCCAGCCAACCUCGACCCCACCAGUCAACGACGGUUUCCAAGAGAUCCAACGCACUAGAGGCGGACGAGGUGGCCCGCGCGGUGGACGUGGUGACGGAUACAGAGGCAGAGGUCGAGGCCAAUACCGUGGCGAUGGCUACCGCGGACGAGGCCGUGGCGGCGGUGGCGCUUCCCGUGGUGCCCGUCGCCCUGAUGAGUCCUAA